GAUUAGGCGAAUUACCAGUUAAUUAGAUAAGAAUCUUAAAAUCAAACAAGACUAUUCUUUAAAUUAACAACUUAUUAAUACUUGCUAAUAAUUUGGGAAAAAUCAUAAUUCUAACUAACAUCUAAAGAAAAUCAGAAUCAAAUCAUUUUAGAAACUAUUCCCGUUAGAUGACCUGAAUGCAUUCUUUUGCCCCUAAUCAUAUUCGCCAGAAGUCACCUUACCCAAUUCUGCACCAACUUUAUCGCCAAUUGUACACAGACAGCUCACAUGGUGCUAAAAGAUCGAUGGCAGUUUUAAUGGUUUAUCAGAUACUCAUUGGACACGGAGCGACUCUGGUCAGCGCAUUCACAGGAUUUUUAUACCCGGUUUAUUCCUCAGUAAGAAUGAUUGAAGGCAAAGAUGAAGAAGGAGCCAAAAAAUGGCUAGCUUAUUGGGUAGUGUACGCAUCUUUCAGCUUUUGUGAAUAUCUGUGUGGAACGUUUUUAGAAUGGUUCAUGAUGUAUUAUUUGUUUAAGGUAUGUUUCUUGGUGUGGUGCUUGUUGCCUAUCGAAAAUAAUGGGUCAAUGAUAAUAUACAAUCAAGUCAUAAAACCUUUACCUUUGUUUAGAAAUUCGGAGGCCGCUGUGGAUAUUAAUGCAUUGAGAGUAAAGAAAAUAUUACAGGAUAGUUUGUUCGAAAAGGACAAAUUGCAACAGAAAUACGAGGCAGUUAAAGUUAGCAAUAAAGCACAGUGAUUAUGGUUCAAUAUACUCAAC